AGUGCUUUCCCUUUAAAACGUGAGCAUUAUGGUGAAGAAAAGAUAUUGGCAUGAACAAUAUAACUCUUUCAGAGAGUUCCUGUAAACACUAGUAAAUUCGACUGGCAGGAUAUGUCCUGGAGAUUUUUUACGACAGCAACUAUCAAGGGAAAAAUUUGCGAAUGGGAUGAAUACGCCAUUGUUGACUAUUACCUGACAGAAGCUGGCUGGGCACUUCCCUAGUGAUGUUUUUAUUUUUCACAUUGCCCAAUUUGAGUUUGCUGAUACUGAUUUAAAAAUAAAUCAAAGUGGAGUACCAUAAACUUGAUAUGGAGAGUAAAAAAAAAGACAAGGACAAAGCAGAUGAAAGAAUGGCACGGCCUAGUGGGAGGUCAGGCCACAAUCCACGUGGAUCUGGUUCUUCAAAUUCUGGAGUGUUAAUGGUUGGACCUAACUUUAGAGUUGGCAAAAAAAUUGGAUGCGGAAAUUUUGGAGAGCUGCGGUUAGGAAAAAAUUUAUACACAAAUGAAUAUGUGGCAAUUAAGCUGGAGCCAAUGAAGUCAAGAGCACCACAGCUACAUUUGGAAUACAGAUUCUACAAGCAGCUAGGAUCUGGAGAUGGAAUACCUCAGGUCUACUAUUUUGGCCCAUGUGGCAAAUAUAAUGCCAUGGUGCUAGAACUACUGGGACCUAGUUUGGAAGAUUUAUUUGACUUGUGUGAUAGGACAUUUUCUCUUAAAACUGUUCUUAUGAUAGCCAUCCAGCUGAUUUCUCGUAUGGAAUAUGUCCAUUCAAAGAACUUGAUUUACAGAGAUGUAAAACCCGAGAACUUCUUAAUAGGACGACCUGGAAACAAAACCCAGCAAAUUAUUCAUAUUAUAGAUUUUGGUUUGGCAAAGGAAUAUAUAGAUCCAGAAACAAAGAAGCACAUACCAUAUCGAGAACACAAGAGCCUUACAGGAACAGCUAGAUACAUGAGUAUAAAUACACAUUUAGGAAAAGAGCAAAGUAGAAGAGAUGAUUUGGAAGCUUUAGGUCAUAUGUUUAUGUAUUUUCUCAGAGGAAGCCUUCCAUGGCAAGGUUUGAAGGCUGAUACAUUAAAAGAACGUUAUCAGAAAAUUGGAGACACAAAACGAGCAACACCAAUAGAAGUUUUGUGUGAAAAUUUCCCAGAGGAAAUGGCUACAUAUCUACGUUACGUAAGAAGGCUAGAUUUUUUUGAAAAGCCGGACUACGACUACUUACGAAAGCUCUUCACAGACUUAUUGGAUCGGAAGGGCUAUAUGUUUGAUUAUGAAUAUGACUGGAUUGGCAAACAGUUGCCUACUCCAGUGGGUUCAAUCCAUUCAGAUCCUGCACUGUCUUCAAGCAGAGAAGCACAUCAGCACAGGGAUAAGAUGCAGCAAUCCAAAAAUCAGUCGACAGAUCAUAGGGCAGCUUGGGACUCCCAGCAAGCCAAUCCACAUCACUUGAGAGCUCACCUAGCAGCUGACAGACAUGGUGGCUCGGUACAGGUAGUAAGCUCUACAAAUGGAGAACUGAACACAGAUGACCCAACUGCAGGCCGUUCUAAUGCACCCAUCACAGCUCCUGCAGAAGUAGAAGUCAUGGACGAGACAAACUGCCAGAAAGUGUUGAACAUGUGUUAUGUAACUCUCAGAGCAGCUCUGGUCUGCCUCUGCCCACUGCUACUUUUUCAGUGACUGAGCGACAGGGUGCCCUUGGAUAUUUUGAGAAGGUGCUGCUGUUUUUUCAAGCGAAGGAAAAGAAAAACCAUUCAACGCCAGAAAUGACUUUAGAAGCAAGCAGAACAUGGGAAAUUGAUUACUUGUUCAACUGCUGUCUUGUGAUCUAAAAAAAUCUCUGUAAUGACCACACAUGUUUUCCAAGGACUCCCUUAGAAAUGAAGUGUCUUGCCUCUGUGCUUUGGUUCUCCUAUGUCCAUAUUUUUUAAUUUGUUUAUUUCAGAAGCUUUAAAGUCUCAUCAAAUACGAGUGCUUCUUUGACCAUCAAUAAAUGGACCAACAAAAUGGACACUAUCUUCACUAAAGCUAAACUUCAGAAACAUUUCUCCUGCUCUACAAAGUAUUAGUGGUGUCUUGGCUGAAGAAAGAAGUCAUAAAUUUGGUGUUUCACUUCUGUAACAGUGUAUCGAAAGGAGUCUUUAAAAAAAAGUGGAAAAAAUAUAGAUGCUCAAGCAUUUAGAAAAAUAAGUCUUACCUUAAGAUUUUUUUUUUGCAUUGACCCCCCCCCCCAUAUUACUGAUGGUACUGCAGUCAAUCUGUAUUAGCAUCAAGUCCUCUAUGAUAUCAUGGUACAGUCACUGUCCAGAGAGAUCAGGUUGGAAGCUGCAGUGCAGCUGAAGACAGUUGUCUAAAUGCUGGUGGUAUUAAUGAACAAAAAGCAUUUCUAGUAGUCUGAGUUUGAAAAUCUGCUUUUGUCAUUCCUAUAACAGAGUUGCAGUAUAGUAGAAAUGGCGAGAGUGUUUGUACAAAAAAUGCAGAUAUUUGAAUAACGUAAGUUGUGCUUCCAGAAAUGUUAGUAAGAUUGAAAUAUUUUCAAAAGAAAGGAUCUACAGAGGAAUGAUAAAAUACACUAAGAAGAAAUAAAUGUGAAUUUGAUUAAAGUAGAAUUGAUAUUAAAGCCUAAAUAUUCACUACAGUAACUGCUGAUUGACAACUCUUUAAAUUGAAAAUGUUGAUGUGCCAUGUAAUGAUGUUAGAGAUCUGUUUGUAAAUUAUUUUACUCUUUGAUUUUAGAAAACAGAUGCAAUGAAAGUGGGUUGGACUUCUACUGCCUUCUCUGUGUACUAGCCCAUAGCACCCAAAAUCUGCUGUGAUUUUUUUUUCUUCUGCAGUUUUCUUAUCUUUCAGUAUAAUAUUACUGCUAUUGUAAGAUGAUGUGGCAAAGAAGGGUCAGGUACUUUCCCCAAAGUCCUAAGAAGUGCCUGCAAUAUGAGCAAACCAGCUGUUCUUGUAGAAAAGGCAGCCUAUUUUAUUUUUUCAAGUCUGCUUGUUUUAAAGCCAUAAUGACAGAGGUGUGCUAUUUUCACGUUUAGCUUCCAGUUAAUUGGAAGGAUGGAGUAAAAGGUGGAAGUGACUAGACACAUUUGUUGACCAAAACUCAAAUUCUCUCAAUUUUUUUUUACAAGUCUUCUAAAGCUAACUAGUAAUAUUUUUUUCUGUACACGCAUGCCUCUUGGCAUAUUUAUUUAUUUUUAAUCUGUUUUGUGGUAAUACUUAAUGUAUAUUAAAGAUAAAUGCACACCUUUGAAUUCAUUAUUGCAUUUACAGGGAUUUUAAUUGUAUUUUGUAAUUUAUUUUUCCUUAACAGCCAAAAGUGUAGUGCAUUGUUUGAGUUAUGUGCUCGUAUGAACACAGUGUGUACUUUGAUCUUUGUCACAUUGCUGUUAAGUUUUUGUUUUAAAAAAACUGAGCUUGGCCUACAAAAACAUGUUGUAUAACUUGAUCAACAGUCUCUGCUCUCCCUGUUUGUGGUAUUGAUUAUCUCAAACUGAUGGGAGUUGCUUUUCUUUUGAGCUGAAGAGAUGGGAGGUUACUUGACCAUUCUAAUGUGAAAACGCAUCCUUUUUUGCAGUAUUUGACCAAAUUUGUUGCUUCAUAAUAUUUGUAAAUACAUAUAGUGUCUGUAUUUCUCAUACAUCUGACUGGUUUCCUUCUUGGAGAUUUUGGGCCUGUACAGCGUUUAUAAGAUGAGAACUCCUUACACAUAACAAUGUCUGUAUUAAUCCAGUUAUGGACCUAAAAUAUUUUAAAAGGUAAAAUCUGUUUAUUUGCUGCAAUGACCAGUAUUUAGACACUUGCUUUUUAGCAGUAUUUAAAUGCUCCACUUUAAUGCUGAAGAAAGUUUUCUUCUAGCAAAACAAACUGGUCAGUAGUAAGUAAUGCAGGUAUGUUCAGGUAAAGCCAAUAUGAUUUGCAUUUAUAUGCUUUUUUCCUAUCUAAACUAAUGAAGUCAACAUUGUCUGGAUGUCUAAAUAAUGAAAUACAUCCCUGUUUAAUUGUAACUGAAGAGAAAAAUAA